AGCAAGGGGCUUUAGGAGACUUUCAGAUGAGUAGUGUGCAAAGGCUCUCCGUCAACUCUCUGAAAAGCUGAUUGCCAGGAGCCGAUUUACUGAAAGCUGGCUCUCAAUCAGUUUGCCAGAUGACCGUUCACCGAAAACCAGAAAACACGUUAAAACAGGACUAGGGCAUGUUGCCGUGACCGUCAAAAUUUGACUGAAUCAGUUUAACUUCCUUUAAGGGAAAGUCUAUCUGUUUGCAUUAACCGUUCAGAGGCAGGGGGAGUGAAUCGGUCAUUUGAAUUGGUUUUUAGCCACUUGGCCCGCUCCUUUUCCAAAUGGGUUACUUGUUUAUUUUUAACUCCCUGGUGCGGAUGGUAUUGUACAUAGGACUUUUUUUUGUGCGUUUGUCUUUACUGUCUAAAGUCCAUUCUUCACUGGGGCUAUCUUAAUUUACCCGAUGUCCCUCUCCUGGCCCAGGACCCCAUCCAAGGGACCACGUUCCCUUUGGUCCUCCUGUCUCCGUAGGCGCCUUUCGGCUGUGACAAUUUCUCAGACUUCUCUUGUUUUCGAGGACCUUGACCGUUUCCAGGAGUACUGGUCAGGCAUAAUUGUAGGGUGCCUCUCCAUUGGAACUUGUCUGAUGGUUAGACUGAGGUAACCGUGGGUGUGGGGAUGGACACCACGGAGGUGAGGUACCAUUCCCAUUGCAGCCUAUGAAGGGUCAAAAGGCCAAGUUCCAAGUUGUGGAUACGGUGGACUGCGCUGGGAUGCUGACAGUGAAAUUGCCCAAACAAAUAACGAUCGAAGGGGGCUUCCAUGGGGCGCAUGAGCAAAGCAUCAAGAUGUCGGGGUCCAGGAUAUCCCAGCAAUACCUGGAGUCCCUCGAGAACAGGAAGCUGAAGAGAAAACUCCCGGCUUCGUUUCUGUCGAUACGAACGAGGAGAGAGGACCUGUAUCUGGUGACAGAAACUCUGCAGACAACGAGGAAGGAAACCCUGAAGAGUGAACGGCAAUAUGCGUUUUGGAGCCAGUUGGACUUCUGUGGUCUGAAGUGCGAACGCAAGCACCAAAAGGCAGUAACCAUCCCCCCAAAUCUGGUCCUGGGCUAUCGAGUCAAGCAGCUCGUCUUCCCCGGCAUGGAAAGGAUGAACAUCUGUUUCUCCGGAAAAACAAAAUCCUUUCCAGAAGAGGAAGAUGGUGAUUCUUCUUGCUUAGGAAAGUCCUUGAGCUUGGAAGAUUUCAGAAACAUGGAGGAGAAGGUGCAGGGCGCAGUGGGGGGCCUCCAGGAUCUGACCGAAAGGGAGCGAGAAGACAUGCUAAGUGGCCUCACGAAGUGCCUCACGUCAGAUGAGGAGCUGCAGGCUCUAGAUGAAAGGGUGUCUGAGGUCCUGGUCUCCGGGGAGCUACAGAUGGAGGGCCCAGCCGAUCCUGUCAUCAGUAGCCUGUUUAAUGAUGCUGGGAUCUUGGUGGAGGCGCGCGUAGAAGCCGUUCUGGAUUUCCUGGAUGCCUUGCAGGAGCUGUCUGAGGAGAGGGAGCUUGUGGCUGAGACCCUGAAGAAGGGGACCCUGCCGCUGCUGAAGGACCAGCUUUCACAGUCCGGCGGGGUGAGGUCUGCCCUGGAGCAGGAGCCGGGUGAGCAGCCCCGGGAUGUGGGCUGUGACCCUGAGGCUCAGACUGUCUGCGCCCUCUACCUUGUCAUCUGCGUCCUGCUGCAGCUGAGUGAGAAGCCUGGCCCCGUGUCUUCCUGCUAGCUCCUCAACCAUUCUCCCCACAGACCUCCCCGGGCUCCCUCCCCGAGUCCAUCCUCACCCCACACGCCAUUCCCCCAGUCGCUGAAAUGAUAAUCUGUAAAACAGGCAGCUGGCUCAUCUUCGAUGCACCCCAUUCCCUCCGUGACAAUGCACAAAACCCAGGCUGGACUGUAUGCAUAGACUUCUGAUUAAAAUCGGAAAAUUGAU